GGCCGGCCGUGACCCGCGGGCGGGCAGCGCCGGCCGCGCCAUGACGGGAAAAUCGGUGCGGGACGUGGAGCGCUACCAGGCGGUGCUGGCCGGGCUGCUGGCCGAGGACGAGAACAAGUUCUGCGCCGACUGCCAGGCCAAAGGGCCACGAUGGGCAUCCUGGAAUAUUGGGGUGUUCAUCUGCAUCCGCUGUGCUGGGAUCCACAGGAACCUGGGAGUUCACAUAUCCAGGGUCAAAUCCGUCAACCUCGACCAGUGGACACAGGAACAGAUCCAGUGCGUGCAGGAGAUGGGGAAUGGCAAAGCCAAUCGUCUCUACGAAGCCUACCUGCCCGAGAACUUCCGGAGGCCCCAGACAGACCAAGCUGUGGAGAGUUUUAUCCGGGAUAAAUAUGAGAAAAAGAAAUAUAUGGACAGAAGCAUCGACAUCAACGCCUUCAGGAAAGAAAAGGACGACAAAUGGAAAAGGACCAACGAGUCGGAAAGAAAACUGGAACCCAUCAUCUUUGAGAAGGUGAAAAUGCCUCAAAAGAAAGAUGAAACGCAGCAAUCCAGGAAAAGUUCCCCCAAAUCUGAGCCAGUCAUGGACUUGCUUGGCCUGGACGCCCCAGUGACAACGCCCGUCACCAACGGCCGGCCCAGCAGCCUGGAGAAGGACCUGGACCUCUUUGCAUCCAUGGGAUCCAGCUCAGACUCCUCCAGGAAGGUUGUUGGUUCCAUGCCAACCUCUGGAAGCGCCGGCUCCGUUCCCGAAAAUCUGAAUCUGUUCCCGGAGCCCGGAGGCAAAGGGGAGGAGGUGGGGAAGAAGCAGCUCUCCAAAGACUCCAUCCUGUCCCUGUACGGCUCCCAGACGUCCCAGGUGCCAGCACAAGGAGCCAUGUUCAUGGCGCCGGCUCAGCUGGGCUACCCCGCCGCUCCCUACGCCGCCUUCCCGGGGGUGCCCCCUUCCAGCAGCAUGAUGGGGGGCUUGAUGGCCCCUUCCGUGGGCAUGCUGGCCCAGCCUGGAGCUGCUGGCAUGGUGGCACCCGUGGCCAUCCCCGCAGGCUACGUGGGCAACGUGCUGGGCGUUCCCAACGGGAUGAUGGGGACGCAGCAGCCCGGGUACGUGGCCGCGGUGCCCCAGGCCGUGUACGGGGUGCAGCCGACGCAGCAGCUGCAGUGGAACCUCGCCCAGAUGACCCAGCAGAUGGCUGGCAUGAACUUCUAUGGAGCCAACGGAAUGAUGGGCUAUGGACAGUCCAUGGGAGGAGGAGGAGGAGGAGGAGGAGCCCAGGGCAGCAACCCCUCCCUGAGCUCCCCGCUGUGGAAAUGAGCCCUCGCUCGCACGCGACCAUUUCUGCCUUUGUUCUGUUCUCCAGACCUGCUCCAUGAGACAUUCAGGGGUUUUUUGCUUUCAGGUUUUGCGGGGGGGUACCCAGCCCAACCUGAAUAUUUUGUGGGGUUUAUUUUUUUUCCAUCCCUGAGCUCCAUCUCUGCCUUUCCACUGUCACAGCCACGGGGACAGCGGGGUGGCAACGCCACCACGAGCUCAGCCCCGUCCUCAGCACAGUCAAUGCACACAGGGGAGGGGAAACCUCCCUGCACAAAGCUCCACCAGAGCUCCUGGGUAGCACUCGAUGCCCUGCUGGGCACCUGGGCACAGGUGGGACUGGGAAAUCUGGACUGAAUCCUGCCCAGAAAGCUGGGAUUUCUCACUUCAACUUGCAGUGUUAGAUUUAUUUUAUUUUUGGGGGUUUUUUUUUUUUUGUUUUUUGUUUUUUUUUUUUGGGGGAGGUGGGUGGGGGAACUGAUUUGGUGCUGAGGAACUGGAUUGAAGCCGAGCCCAGGGGCAAGCAAGCCUUGCUACCUCCUCCCUCGAGGGGAGCUCUCCCUGCUCCCACCCUCCUUGGAACCAAAGUCCUUGGGAAAAGCCCCUCUGCCACCCACCCACCCACCCUGAGCAAGCAGGAAUCUCGCCCAGAGUGGGGGCAAAGCCGAUGGAAUGUGACAAACUUGCACUCCAGAGGGAAUUUUCUGCCUGCCGUUAAGAUUCGAUGGAAUUUCACCAUUUCAACAAUCUUAACCAGAGUUAAUUCUCCAGGGGGGGGCCCAGAGCCCCUGUGCAAGUUUUCUUACACUUUUAAAAAUGAUUCUGACAUCCUAAUUUAUACUUUUUUCAUAUUUUUUUUUUCUGUUCUUGUUUUCGUUGUCGUUGUUCCUGUGUAAAAUCCUGGUUCCUCCCUUUCCUGGCUCGCUUGGGACAUUUUAAUCUUAGGCAGAUUUUCUUUUCUCAUCUCCAGUAGAACCCAAAACUGCUUCAAAAAGUCAGCAAGAAGUCGGACUUGUGGUCUGCUCUCUCCUGUGGAUAUGUAAAUUCCCAAAUAAAAUAUUGCAGUGGA